CCUAUUUUAAAGAAACUAAAUUUGAUUGGUUGGUUUUGUGAUUUUUGUCAUUAUUUGGGAAAAGCGAGGGAAAAUAAAUCCAAAUAGGGGAAGAAAAAAAGAGAUGGCUUUUCACCGAGUUUUCUCUGCUUUUGUAACAACGAACAUGAACCAAGAAUAAUCUUUUCUUUCCCUUUUUUUGUUUGUCCCACAAUUCUUCAAAUUUUCUUCUCUCUAUCUAAUUCUCACGGUGGCGAUGUCUUUACCUCCGUUUACUUGCCGCCUUCUCGCGGCGGCGGCGGCUCUCUAUCUGAUAGGUCUGCUGUGCGUCGGAGCUGACACGAAAGAUGUUACCGCUCCCAAAAUUCCUGGUUGCUCCAAUGAAUUUCAAAUGGUCAAAGUUGAGAAUUGGGUCAACGGAGAAAACGGUGAGACUUUUACCGCCAUGACUGCACAGUUUGGCACCAUGCUCCCGUCUGAUAAAGACAAAGCUGUUAAACUUCCGGUUGCUCUUACCACUCCUUUGGACAGUUGCUCCAAUUUAACUUCAAAGCUAUCUUGGUCUAUAGCGUUAUCUGUACGUGGCGAGUGUGCUUUCACAGUUAAGGCUCAAGUUGCACAGGCAGGAGGAGCUGCAGCUUUGGUGUUAAUUAACGACAAAGAAGAGCUUGAUGAGAUGGUUUGUGGUGAGAAAGAUACCUCCUUAAAUGUUUCUAUACCUAUUUUGAUGAUUACAACGUCAUCUGGAGAUGCCCUGAAGAAAUCCAUUAUGCAAAAUAAGAAAGUGGAGCUUUUAUUGUAUGCUCCAAAGAGCCCAAUUGUGGAUUAUGCAGUGGUCUUCCUCUGGCUAAUGUCUGUUGGAACAGUUUUUGUUGCUUCUGUUUGGUCACAUGUUACCAGUCCGAAGAAGAAUGAUGAGCAGUACGAUGAAUUAUCACCCAAGAAAUCUUCGAAUGUUGACGCUACCAAAGGUGGUGCUGAAGAGGAAACUCUUGAUAUUAGUGCUAUGGGUGCUGUUAUCUUUGUCAUAUCAGCGUCCACAUUCCUCGUUUUGCUCUUCUUCUUCAUGUCAUCGUGGUUUAUCUUGAUCCUGACCAUAUUUUUCGUCAUUGGUGGUAUGCAGGGAAUGCAUAAUAUUAACGUUACACUCAUAACAAGGAGAUGCAGUAAAUGUGGCCAGAAGAAUUUAAAACUACCUCUGCUUGGGAAUACCUCGAUUCUCUCACUCGUGGUUCUGUUAUUCUGCUUUGUGGUUGCUAUCCUCUGGUUUAUGAAUCGCAAAACUUCGCACGCAUGGGCCGGGCAAGAUAUUUUUGGUAUUUGCAUGAUGAUUAAUGUCUUGCAAGUAGCUCGGCUACCUAAUAUCAGGGUUGCUACCAUUCUUCUCUGUUGUGCAUUUUUCUAUGACAUCUUUUGGGUAUUCAUAUCACCACUAAUCUUCAAGCAAAGUGUAAUGAUUGCGGUGAGUUUUCGUUAUUUUCCUUCAUUUAACAAAUUGUGUGUCUUACACCUUAAUAUUUAAUUCUGUUUCUGCAAGGAGAAGAAUAUUUAGUGUUGUUUCUUCAAAAAUCCAUCAAAUCAUAUGAUUCUUAUAAACUUAAGCCUCAUCAAACCAGAGCAUGUUUACCAUUAGUGUGUUUUACUUUUACUCCGGAGCAUGAUUUGUGUCGGAUAAUUGCUCAAAACCCCAAAGAUUGAGUUUGAGUUCACUUGUUGUAUAAAAUGUUUGCACAUAGCGAGAACGAAGAAGGUCGAUGAUAGGUUAACUAACCUCAAUCACGUUCUAGUUGAUUACUAUAUUCUUCUGUUUGUGUAAAUUUAUGGCAUAGGUUGCACGUGGGAGCAAAGACACUGGAGAAUCUAUUCCCAUGCUUUUGAGAAUUCCACGGCUUUCUGAUCCAUGGGGUGGUUACAACAUGAUCGGUUUUGGAGACAUUCUUUUCCCGGGCCUUCUCAUAUGCUUUAUUUUCAGAUUUGACAAGGAAAAUAACAAGGGGGUCUCGAAUGGAUAUUUUCCGUGGUUGAUGUUUGGCUACGGACUUGGCCUCUUCUUAACAUACUUGGGAUUGUAUGUUAUGAAUGGACACGGUCAACCUGCAUUGCUAUAUCUUGUCCCUUGCACGCUCGGAAUCACGGUCAUUCUAGGGUUGGUGAGGAAAGAACUCAGAGACUUGUGGAACUACGGGACUCAACAGCCUUCAGCUGCAGACGUAAAUCCAUCUCCAGAAGCAUAAAUUGCUUCAACAUACAUAACUCAAAACUCUGGAGACUGAAGAACAAGAAGAAGAAACAUCAAAAAAGAAACAAUUUUUCUUUUGCACAUAAAAAAUUAUAAGAAAUAUACACUUUUGUGCAUACACAUGUAGUCUCGAGCCCACCAAAACGUAUAUAAUGUAAUGUAUAUGUAUACAUACACACAAUCAACAACUUCUGAUUCUGAAAUGAACAAGUUUUUGUAUACUGUACAAAUACGAAUUUGAAUUUUUUUUUCC